AUGAGUACUACGGAGCUAGAAACAGAAACAUCGCAACCCAACAACCGCAAACGAAAUGCAGACACCGCAGAGAUCGAGAUAGAUGUGGAGGCGCCCGAACCUCCUUCCAAGAAGGCUCUUCGCAAAGCAAAGAAAGCAAAAGUGUCUGAUGCCACCAAGUCCUCGUCAGAAGUAAAGAACACAGAACAAUUCACCGGAACACAAGAUGCACCUCACAAAGAGUCUAUUCGCUCUGCAUACGGGAUUUGGAUCGGGAACCUUUCUUUUGGUAUUACGAAGGACGACCUCACGAAGUUUUUGACCUCCAAUCCCACGAAUGUAAUCGGACAAGAUCAGAUAACCAGGAUACAUCUGCCUCAAGGACCGCCAAAGUUUGGCAGAGCACAGAACAAAGGGUUUGCCUACAUUGAUUUUUCAGACCAAGAAUGCAUCGACAUCGCACUGAACCUUAGCGAAUCUGUUCUAGGCGGCCGCCGCGUGUUGAUCAAAAAUGCGAAGAAUUUCGAGGGUAGACCAGAGCAGAGAAAAGACCAGGUCGAGAAGCAGGCUCGGCCACCAAGUAAGAGAAUCUUUGUUGGCAACCUGGAUUUCAACACCACGGUAGAGGAUCUGGAAGCGCAUUUUGGAGUAUGUGGUCCCAUCGUCCAUACGCACAUGGCCACGUUUGAAGAUUCAGGAAAGUGCAAAGGGUUCGCAUGGAUCGACUUCGAACAGAUAGGAUCUGCAGAAAAGGCUAUGCGAGGGUGGGUUGAGCGAGGAGAUGGUGCAGGGGACUCGACCGCGGAGUCGAAAUCGUCGAGAAGCAAGAUCUUGCUUCAGAGACUUCACGGCCGCAAGUUAAGGAUGGAGUAUGCUGAAGACAAGGCGACUCGAUACGAGAAGAGGUUUGGUAAAUCGGCGAAGAAGGCGGCAUCUGGUGAGGGAGAUUCUAGAGAAGAUAGUGGGAUCACGGAGGUGAACGAUGAGGAGGCGAAGAUCGAACCCAUGUAUGGCAAGAAGAAGACGGAUCCCAGCAAGACGCAAGGCAAAUAUUCAGAGGAGACUGUACAGAGACUGACGGGUGCAAUCAUCGAAAGUAAAGGCCAGCGAACUGUCUUUGAAUAA